AUGGAUCCCAAUCCAGGAACCUUCCCGAUUCUCUCUUACGUCAUGUCCCGUCUCCCUUCCCUAACAUCCAAAACCACUGCGACACCCCACGACACCGAGUUAUACGAAAUCGACCUCGAACAGCCAAGUUCAGAAAUCGUCGGCAAAAUGCCAAACCUAGCCGACCCCGAACUAAUCGCAUCCAUGGGCCGGGCCAUCGCCAACGUUCAGCAGGCCCGGUCCGUCCUUAACCUAAUCGGCGAGCGGCCGACUCAUGAGGAAAUCGACCACGCGAAGGCCAAGCUCGCGGAAACUGAAGCCCAGCUAUCCCGCCAGCUGGAAGGAAUCGUACAUCAGCCGAGGCCUCCGGAGAUCGAGAUCCAGGGAUGGCGGGCUCAUCAAGCGGAAAAGGAGAAGCAGUGUAGGGAAGAGGCGGAAAAGGAGAAGCGGAUUUGGAAAUCGCUUAUUCAGCUUGAUGAGAUGCAUGAGGCUUAUGAGAAGCUUCUUAGGGAGUCUGAGAAGCGGUUGGUUAGAAUGUAUGGUUCUGCUGGAGAUGGUGAUGUUGGAGGAGAUAGUGAUGGUGAUGAGGUGAAUGAAGAGGUGGUAGGGAUUCUGCAGGAAGCGGUUGGAAAAGGAAUGGAAAGAAUCGACCUUUCUGGCCGGGCAUUGAAGAUUUUGCCGGAAGCUUUUGGUCGGAUUUCUGGUUUGCUUGUGCUUGACGUUUCUGCUAAUCAGCUUUCGGCAAUUCCUGACUCAAUAGCUGGGUUGCAAAAUCUGGAGGAGCUUAAUCUCUCUGCAAAUCUUUUGGAAUCACUGCCUGAUUCAAUUGGGUUGCUACAAAAGUUGAAAUUGCUCAAUGUUUCUGGAAACAAGCUUAUUGCCCUUCCUGAUUCCAUUUGUCAGUGCAGGUCAUUGGUGGAGCUGGAUGCAAGCUUUAACAAUCUGUCAUACUUGCCAACAAACAUUGGAUAUGAAUUACCGAACUUGAAGAAACUCAUAAUUCAUUUGAACAAAAUCCGAUCUCUUCCCUCGUCCAUUUGUGAGUUGAAGUCGUUACGCUAUUUGGAUGCUCACUUCAAUGAGCUACAUGGGCUUCCAAUAGCAAUUGGGAGACUGACUAAUCUGGAAGUUCUCAACUUGAGCAGUAACUUCACUGAUCUUAAAGAACUUCCAGAGACAUUUGGUGAAUUGACUAAUCUCAGGGAAUUGGAUCUCAGCAAUAAUCAGAUUCACGCACUUCCCGAUACAUUCGGUUACCUUGAUAAUUUGACCAAGCUCAACUUGGAACAGAAUCCUCUUGAACUGCCACCAGCGGAUAUUGUAAAUCAAGGGGUUGAAGCCAUAUUGACUUUUAUGACCAAGAGGUGGAUUGAUAUCUUGCAAGAGGAAGAAAGAAAGAGCAAUCAAGAAAUGCAAGAACAAGUAGAGGGUGGCUGGUUAACACGAAGCACUUCGUGGUUGAAGAAUGUUUCUGGAAAUGUAGCUGACUAUAUCGGAACUGCUGUUGGGUCUCCUAUGUCACCCAAAUCUCCCAAGGAUGCUUAUCUUAAUCAACAGCUAUAA